AUGAACAGACCAUUGAAAGUGAUCAUUAUUGGUGCCGGCCUGUCAGGCUUGGCCCUUGCACAGGGUCUUGAAAAGAACGGUAUCGACUACGUCGUCGUAGACAAGGAAAGCGAACCGCGCGAUCGGAACUGGGGAGUGACGAUUGCCUGGAGCCAUCCAUUACUCGCACAGCUUCUUCCCGAGGAACUCUACAAUCGAUUGCCGGAGUGUCAGCCAGAUCCAGGCCUGGACACCAAAGAGGCCGGAUUUGAGAGUGUGAUUAUUCGAGAUGGGCAGACGGGCGAAACCAUUGUGCAGCCACCGUUUCCAGGAGUAAGGAGAUUGAACAUUCAAAAGACAAGGGCUGUUUGGUCGAAAGGAGUUAAUGUCAAGUUCGGCAAGACACUCACGGAUAUCGAGUUGACUGCCGACGGGGUAAUUGCUCACUUCCACGAUGAAACCUCAGAAUCUGGCUCCGUCCUGGUCGGUUGUGACGGCGGCGGCUCAUGGGUCCGACGCUGGAUGCUGGGCGACAAGGGCACCUCUGUGGUCCUGCCGUACACGUUCCUCAACUUCCCCUUCCGCUACACCGCAGAGCAGGCCGUUAAGAUGGACAAGAUGAUGCACCCUAUCGUGGAUGUCGCGGUGCAUCCAAAGUCCAUGUACGUCGGCAUCUUUGUGCUCGACAAGCCUGACCUGCAACGGCCUGAGACGUGGGUGUUCUACAUCCUGGCGACGUGGGCGAAGGACGACAACAAGAGCGGGUCGCCCGAUGCUGCAUCCGGAGGAGAUACGAACAUGGUCGACGAGUUGCGGCGGAGGAUGGACGACUGGGCUGACCCGUUCAAGUCGGCUGUGGAAUGGAUCUCCGAAGACGUGCAUGCGAAAGCCGUGCCCUUGAGGAUCUGGGGACCUCCCGAUUCAGGCUGGGACAACCGCGGCGGCAGAGUCACGCUUGCAGGCGACGCAGCUCACAGCAUGACGUUCCACCGCGGUCAAGGUGCUAACAACGCCAUCUGCGACAGCCAAAAAUUCGUCACAGCCAUGGUCAAGGUUAAGAAUAGCACCAUGACCCUCGCCGAGGCCAUCGACGAGUACGACGCCGACGUGAUCAGUAGGGGCAGUACAGAGGUCGAGAUCUCGAAAGCCCAGACGGACGCUUUCCACGACCACGCAAACUUCCACAACAGUCCGAUCAUGAGGCUUGGGAUCAAGCCAACCAGCACCAGCGCGGCAUCGAAGUGA